AUGUACUCCAAAACACCCGUGGGCGAUAUCAACAAAGGCCCUGGCCUUGUACACUUCGAUAAGGUUGAAGAUGUCAAGGCCCUUGUGGAUACCUUCCACUCUCGGGGCUAUACUCAUAUCGACACAGCCCGCAAUUACUCUGUGAAUGCUCCUGGGGCCUCUGAGAAACGCCUUGGCCAAGUUGGGGUUGCCUCUCGAUUUGACAUCCAUACAAAAGUCUUGAGUGGCGCUCCUGGAGACCUCGAGCCCUACAAGAUUCAUCUGAGCAUUGAACAGUCACUUGCUGACUUGAAGACCUCCGCUGUAGAGACCAUGUUCCUACACGUGCCAGAUCGCAAGACGCCCUAUGAAGAUACGGCGAAAGCAAUGAAUGACGCCUUUAAGCAAGGGGAAUUCAAGAAAUUUGGUCUCUCUAACUACGCCGCCGCAGAGGUGAAGCAGUUUAUCGAAAUAUGCGAGCAGCAUGGUUACGUCAAACCUAGUGUUUACGAAGGACAUUACAACGCGAUUGUGAGGGGCAACGAGAAGGAACUAUUUCCUCUCUUACGCCAACAUAACAUAGCAUUUUUCGCAUAUAGUCCUGCAGCGGGAGGCUUUUUCUCAGACCAUGCUGCCACCGCAGUACGGUGGAUGAGUGACAAUAUGGUUGGAAAGCUGUACUCGAACCUGUAUGGACAGGCGCCGGUUCAGGCCUCGGUAGCCAUUGUACGGGAUGCCUCAGAGAAGCAUGGCAUCAAUGGACAUGCAGCUGCGUUGCGAUGGACGGCGUUUCAUAGCAAUCUGGAUGGGGAGUAUGGUGAUGCGGUGAUCUUCGGAGUUUCCAAGAUGGAGCAGUUACACAAAACUUUGGAUGCACUCGAGGCCGGCCCUCUCCCCGCUGAGCUCGCAGACGCGAUCUCUAGCGUUUAUGCUACAGUCGAAGGCUCCGAACCUCCUUACCAUCUUUAG